GCGGUGGCUGGGGCAACAAGUGGUGGACCGAGGAGGAGAAGAAAUCCUCGGACAAGGACGAGACCGAGACCAUGACCGAGCUCUGCCAGGCCAUGGCUCAGCUCCUUCUUCGUCACGAAGAUCAACACAAUGUGAGCCGAACCGAAAGCGGCUUCAUCAUGUUUUGCCAGACACAAGGAAUGUUGUCGAUGGUGUCAGAGAUGCACAAAACAACGGAGGUCUGGCAAACCACCAAGACCAACAGCCCGGAGAAGCUCACCCUGUCCCUGAGGGCCACCCUUCUGAACCGGUUCAUGACGGUGUGGCAUCAAAGGCUGGAAUCCUGCAUAGCAUCAGAGGAGGCCCGGAAGCAGGCUCAGGAACUCAUGAUCAUCAACGAGGACGGCACCGUCCCCUACUUGCAGUACAACAGGACUGCUAUGAAGCUGGAGAUCAAGGCGGAUCGGGACCCAAAUGCAGAUGGAGGAG